AUGAAAAUAUAUUGGAAGCAACUUGGUCACAUGAUGUGGUUGCACCCAUUAAAAAUUUUGUAUUUUGGGAUUUAUAUAGAUUAUCCUACCAAUGACUUCAUGUUAGAAAUAUUAAUAGUAGAUAGAAAAUACUUUCCAUUACAUCGUGUUAGGAGAUUAAAGUGUUUGGAAAUCCCAAUCAAUGAAGACAGUGACGAAUUGUUUCUUGAAGAAAGUGAAAUCCAUUCACACAAAGUUUCUAAACAUGGGGUUUCUAAACAUUUAAUAAUUCCAACUUACAAUAGUGAUUAA